AUAUAAUCCACGCACAACGAGACAUCAGUCUGAGCUGCCCACUCGGAUACAUGGAUUUGCCUUUCUGGAUAUUCGAGCAGAAACAAAGGAAUUGUUUGGUGGACAUCCAGAGUUACUCCUGAGACAGGGAUAGAAAGUACAGCCAGACCUUCAAUAUUCUAUGCCACCGGAAGCAGGAACGCAAAGAACGUUUACCGGCUACAGUGAAGCAGAAGAGCGGUCAGAAAAGCCAGCCUGAAAAUGCGUUCAAGAAGCAAUAGCCUUGAUCAUGCAGCCAACAGAAACACCUUGAUAGAAGGAAAUAUCUCUGCAUACCAGCGGAUUCAUACAGAGAAACCGGAGGAGUCUCAGUCUCAACGCAUCGAAAUGGGAAAUGAUCGCAGGGAAUAUGUCCCUGAAACAGGAACUAUCCUACGAAGUCACAAAUCAGAAAAAAAAGAGAAGGCUUCUUCCAGAAAGGGAGAUGACCUUUCCCGGGAUGAUCUGCUAUUCCUUCUGAGUGUGCUGGAGGGGGAACUGCAAGCACGAGAUGAAGUCAUAUCAGUUUUAAAAGCUGAGAAAAUCGACUUGGCUUUGCUAGAAGCACAGUAUGGAUUUGUGACCCCAAAAAGGGUAUUAGAAGCUCUCCAAAGAGACGCAAUCCAAGCAAAUGCACAGCAGUGGCAAGAGGAUAUUUACGAAAAGCCAAUGUGCGAGCUGGACAAAGUUAUCGAGAAACACAAAGAUACUCACAAGAGAAUGUUGGAGCAGCUUCUGCUGGCAGAAAAAUCCCAGAGGCAAACGCUGUAUGAAUUGGAAGAUGAAAAAAGAAAGCAUACAGAAUACAUGGAGAAGAGCGAUGAAUUUACCAACUUACUUGAACAAGAGCGUGAAAGGUUGAAAAAUUUUAUUGAACAAGAAAGUGCUUAUCAAGCAAGAAAGGAGAAGGAAAACCACAAAAAAAUUACCAAACUUCGCGAUGAGCUCACAAAGUUAAAAUCGUUUGCGUUGAUUGUGGUUGAUGAGCAGCAGAGGCUAACAGAGCAGCUACAUCUGCAAAGUGCCAAGAUCCAAGAGCUGACAUCAACCUCCCAACAAGCACAAGAAAAACUUGGCAUUGCAGAAGUCAAGGCAGAAGAAGAGGAACAAAAAGUAAACAGACUAGAGCUAGAACUUCAAGCUCAAACUACUAAGUUUUUCCAAGAUCAGGAAGUCAUAAUGGCAAAAUUAACCAGCGAAGAAACACAGAAUCGCCAACUCAGGUUAAAGUUAGCAGCUCUCAGCAGGCAAAUUGACGAGCUUGAGGAAACAAACAAGACUCUGCGGAAGGCAGAGGAGGAACUUCAUGAUCUAAGAGAGAAGAUCAACAAGGGAGAAUGCGGAAACUCAAAUCUAAUGGCGGAAGUGGAAGAUCUGAGAAAGCGUUUGCUGGAAAUGGAAGGAAAAGAUGAAGAGCUUAUAAAGAUGGAAGAGCAAUGCGUAGACCUCAACAAGAAACUAGAAAAGGAGGCAUCACAAAGCAAAAAUUUGAAAAUGGAAGUAGAUAAACUGAAUAAAAGAAUCACAGAGCUCGAGAAAUUGGAAGAGGCCUUUAACAAAAGCAAACAAGAAUGUUAUUCUAUCAAGAGCACCCUAGAAAAAGAACGUACUUCCACUAAACAGUUGUUGAAUGAGCUAGAAAGCUUAAAAGUUAGAAUCAGGGAACUGGAGGUGAUUGAAGUCAAACUUGAGAAAACAGAAGGCAUAUUAAAAGAAGAUCUAACCAAACUGAAAACACUAACAGUGAUGCUCGUGGAGGAAAGGAAAACAUUGACUGACAAAAUCAGGCAAACAGAGGACAAAUUAAAAUCAGCCAAUACUCAACUUCAACAGGAGCAAAAUAAAGUUACUUCAAUUACAGAAAAGUUGAUUGACGAAAGCAAGAAGUCGUUAAAAUCAAAGGCGGAACUGCAGGAAAAAAUGAAAAACUUCACCAAAGAAAACGAUGAACUGAAAAGCAAACUCAGAGCCGAAGAAGAAAAGGGAAAUGAUCUAAUGUCCAAAGUGAGUAUGCUGAAAAAGAAACUGCAGUCACUAGAAUUAAUAGAAAAAGAAUUCCUAAAGAAUAAAAUGAAACAAGAAAGUAAACAGUCAGAAUCACUAUACCAAGAAAACAAUAAAGUCCGAGAGCUUACACAGGAAGUUGAGAGGUUAAAGCACACCCUUAAACAAAUGAAGGCGGUGGAGGACGACCUCAUGAAGACGGAAGAUGAGUUUGAGGCUCUUGAGAGGCGGUAUUAUAACGAACAACAGAAAGCCAAAUUAUUCUCUGAAGAACUAGAAGUAGUAAAAAUGGAACUGUCAAAUUAUAAACUAGCUGAAAAAUCAGUAAGUUUCCAGGAGAAAAUGUUACUAACCAAGCUUAAGGAAGAAGAAGCAAAGUCAGGUCACCUUUCAAGAGAGGUGACAGCUUUGAAGGAAAAGAUACAUGACUACAUGAAAACAGAGGAUACCAUUUGUCGUUUAAAGGGAGAUCAUACUAUUCUCCAAAGAAAGCUUAAUCAGCAAGAAAACAGAAACAAGGAACUGACAAAAGAGAUGGAGAACCUUUCCAGGGAACUAGAAAGGUAUCGCCGCUUCAGUAAGAGCCUGAGGCCAAGUCUCAAUGGAAGGCGUAUUUCAGACUUUCAAGUCUUCUCUAAAGAAGUGCAGACAGAUCCAGCUGAUAAUGAGCCACCUGAUUAUAAAAGUCUUAUUCCUCUGGAACGAGCAGUUAUAAAUGGACAAUUGUAUCAAGAGAGUGAUAAUGAGGAUGAGGACAAUAACGAUGAAGAUUCAAGCAUGGCUUUUCAAUGUAAUUCAUCCAAUGGAAAUACCUUGAACAACAGAAAACCAAGAUCUCCAUGGAUAAAAUCUAAUCAACCACCAUCUCAAAAUGGAAAAGUACAAUUAAAGCAGAAUGGAAAUUACAUACAUCCAGGAGACAUGGUCCUCACUCAUACUCCUGGCCAACCAUUACAUAUAAAGGUUACCCCGGAUCAUGGACAAAAUACCGCCACACUUGAAAUAGCAAGUCCUACUACAGAGAACCCACACUCCUUCACAAGCACUGCUGUAAUACCCAAUUGUGGUAGCGCUCCAAAACAAAGGAUAACAAUCAUUCAAAAUGGUUCCCUAACACCAGUAAAACCUAGAAUCGUAGAUGGCUAUGUGACACCAGACCAAGUGAUGUCACCUCUCACAAUGACUUCUUUUGUACGACCUAGAACCCCUGAUUCAUGUGGUUCUAUUACGCCAGAUAGGACAAUGUCUCCUAUCCAGGUCCUGGCAUUAACAAGUUCUUCAAGUUCUCCAGAUCGUGUUGUGUCACCAGAGCCGAUAGAAAUCAAUGGAACUCAUGCUGUCUUUCGCGUAUCCCCUGACAAACAGGCUGGUUGGCAAUUUCAAAGGUCUAACAGUUCUAGCUCAACUUCCAGUGUAAUAACUACUGAGGACAAUAAAAUACAUAUUCACUUAGGAACACCAACUAGUCCUGUUACGCCUGUGCAAGAAAAGAGACAUUCGCUGACUAACGGAUCUUCAAGUAAACCCACAAACAAAAUUACCAGCAGUAUCACAAUAACACCAACCGCUUCCCCAAUAUCACGGCAAUCACAAAUUACAGUGUCAGAAGAUGCAUCAUGCAGUAGCGCUCCAACACGAAUUCCCAAACCAAAGGCCACCUCUGCAUCAAAGCUGCCAGUUAAAAAGGCCAUUGUGAAUGUGGGGAAACUGGACCAAGACACGUCACACUCCGUUAAAAACGUUUCUAAUCUUUACAACGGAGCAAAACGGUGAUCCAGCAAGGCGAGUAUGGAAGAGAAACGGAACACCACGAAAACAAAAUGAAAUAAGAGAUUAAUGGUGCUGCCCUGCAAUUCCUACCCUACAAAUAGCGUACACCGAGUCAGAUAGAUUUAGGCGACUGUGUCCCAUUAUUUUUAUAUGCUCUGUUUAGUAGGCUUUUUACGAAGGUGCUGGUUUCAUUUAAAAAGUCUGUGCUUUGUAUCAAUUACAUGUUUUUGUAGAAAAUAAAAUGAUGUCACCUGUGUUA